UGUCAAACACGGGGUUUGUACAUAGGGGCGAGAGGAUAUGUGCAAACCCGAGAGGCGCUGGUACUAUUUUAACUUUGAACAGUUACAACUGCGUGUGUAGAGUGUUAAUCGUCAUUAUUCGUCUCCGUAGAGCUGUGUUUGUUUUUUGGCUUCACAAAUUCCAAAGGAAACUUGUAGUGCGCGUCCGACGUCCCUGCCAUUUCUGAAAACCUCUCCUGGUUGAUUUGCGUACAGCGGCUGGCAGGGUUUCAGAACAGAGGCUUUGCUGAAGGACCCACGACAGCAAAUCAGAAGCCCACCUUGCUGUGUGCUGCCUUGCAGAGGGACUGGAGCUGGUCAUCGCGAACAAAGGCGAAACUCCGCGAAGAUCCGGGGUGAAACGACUGGCUCCCGGGUCCGGGCCCACUGUGCCCGUCAUGCUGCUCUCGCCAUGGACCUCAUCACGUUCCGCAGCGACACCGUGCUGUCCGACGUCCACCUGCUGCUCCCCCGCGGGCAGCGCCUGAUGGCGCGCCUCAACGCCGCGGGGCAGCCAGUUUUCGUUUCAAGGUUUAAGAUUCUGCAGGACGGCUCGGGCUCUGCCUGCAUCCCAGGAAAUGAAGUGGCUGUGUCUGCAGCACCUGGAGAGAGAGGCGGCUCGCCUGGGGAGGAAGAGGAGGGAGAGAGGGGGCGGCGCCAGGUUAUGGAGUCCCUCCUGGAUGAAGACGGGGAUCUGGACGUGCUGCGGAGACCUACGGCUUCCCUCAGGGCAGAGGGAGCUGUGGCAGAGAGGGACAAAGUCUGUCCCAUCAUUCUGAGUAAAGGGGAGGGGGAGUACAGUGAUGAGGAGGAGUCGGCUGCUGACAGGGAUGUCAUUAAGAUUGAGCAUACAAUGGCUACACCCCUGGAAGAUGUGGGUAAGCAGGUGUGGAGAGGUGCUGUCUUUAUGGCCGAUUACAUUCUGUCGCGCCAGCAGCUGUUCAGGGGGCGCACUGCCCUGGAACUGGGGGCCGGGACUGGAAUAACCAGCGUUGUCCUGGCAACGGUUGCCAGCAGCGUUUACUGUACAGAUGUUGGUCAAGAUCUGCUGAGCAUGUGUGAGAGGAAUGUGGAGUUGAAUAAGCACAUACUGCAGCCUGCAGGAGGUGAAAUCAAAGUUCGGGAGCUGGACUGGCUCAGAGACGACUUCCACACAGGCGCGGGUCGGCAGUUCAGCUGGACAGAGGAGGACAUCGCGGAUCUCCACGACAACACCACAGUCCUGAUCGCUGCGGACGUGUGUUAUGAUGACGAGCUGACAGAUGGCUUGUUCAGAACACUAUACAGAAUCAUGGGCAAUCUACAUAACCCGAGCACUGCCUAUUUCUCAAUUGAGAAAAGGCUGAAUUUCACACUCAGGCACAUGGACGUGUCCUGUGAGGCGUACGAUCACUUUCGCUCCUGCCUGGAGGCCCUGGGGAAACUGGCUGACGGCCGGACGGUGUUCUCUGUGGAGCAGGUCCCCCCCUCCUUCCCUCAGUUCUUCAGCUACGAGCGAAUCGGUCAGCUGGAGCUCUGGAAAAUCACAGCUUCACCCCUUGAGUGCAGUAAGGAAUCCACUUCUGAGAAAUAGCUCAGCAGCAGCCUGCCAGAACUGCACUGCACUAUACUGGCUGAUAGUUACUGUGACACACUACGUAUCACUACGAUGGCAGUGUGAAACCAUAGACUGUGAUGUUAAAUAUUGAGUUUGAACUGACUGCAGUUACUAUGUUUUGCUGUUUUUUUUUUUAGUCUUUCUAUCUAAUUUGUUUCUAAUUUAAAGAGCUUUUGUUUCUGAAAAUGAUAUGGUUUCCUUGGUUUAACUGCUGUGUUUAAGAAACACAUUUCAAACUCUUACAGAUGUAUUGAAAACCCUUUAAGAAAUGUGUACAGUUUUUUUAAAUUAUAAAGAAUUAAAGCAGGAGUUCUUUAAUUAAAGAGUCAUGCAGUUUUAAAACAUCAGUUCUCAUGACAGUGACAGUUCUUUUUCUAGAAUUUAAUUUGGUAGUUAGAUGGCCUGCUUUAUUUGUGGCACUAAAGGGAUUUUUAGCUUCAUUUAAAAAAGGUCCUUAAUUACCUAAUUAAAUAAUUAUGCAAAUUUGUAUUUUUUAUGAACAAGUGUACUGUAUGGGUUUAUUUAAAGCAAUCUGACUUUGUUAAUGGGGGUUUUUAAUUGACUUCACAGACUUUGAAACAAAAUGCAUUUUGAAUAAUUGAAUUUAACAGCUGCCUGGUUAAUAUUAUCAAUAUUGAAAUGCAUAUAUAAAGCCAUUAGGUUUGCAAUAAUGUUAACUGUACAGUGUGAAUCCAGAAUACAAAUGUUUUCAGAAUUUUAUUUUUAAAAUA